CUCACCGUCACCCACAAUUGAAAAUUUAGCAAAGUUCAAUUUUUCACGUAAACACGACCUGCAGACCGCGUUUACUCGAUCCUUCCUCCGUCUUCGGUGGUGACCUCCGACGUCGUACAAGAUGGCGAAGAUGAUGAAGAUGAUGUCCAUGAAGGUAAAGCCGUAUUUUCUUGUAUAAAUUGUUGAGAAGGACCAGCACUGCAGUCGUGUCGGUGAUAUCUUUGGGUUUGUCAUUUUCGUCCUGUAGUUUUGAAUUUGAUGCACCGGCGGUGGUGGUCGUGGUUCAGACGAAAAAAAAUCUCACCAACAUUCAGAUGGGCAUGAAGAAGAUGGCCAUGAAGAAAUCCGUCAUCGCACGGGGAAGGGUGCCGAAUCGGCAGGCGAUGGUCUUGCGGGGCACCAAAUUAAAGACCAGCGGUGGGUUGACCAAGAGCGAUUUGAAGAAGAACCCCCGCGGGCGUGUGGUUUCCAUCAAGAAAAGCAACGCAGCCCGAAAGAAAGGGACUUUUCAAAAGAUUUCGACUUGGGGAAAAGCGGUAAAGCAGGCCUACAGGGAGAUGGGCCUGAAAGGUUUCGUGCCGGUGGGUGGGAAGAAAUCCGCGCUGAGUCAGGCUUUGUACCAGAGGGUAAAGCAAAUUACCUCCGCGAAGUAAUGGACAAAAAUUCAAUUGAUAAGGAAAAGCUCUACUUUCUCGCCACAGUCGUCGUUCUGCAAGAACUUUCAGUGGGUGCGAAAGGUCGCGGAAAGAUGUUAAAGGAAAGCGAUAGACUAGCAAUUUUUCUGUGAUGCUCAUGCAAAUACAUUCACAUCAUACGAGCAAUCGCGGUAAAAUCACUGUGAUAGAUACGAUUUUUGAAUGGUGAAGACAGCCUUUUAUCUGUUUACAGCGGCAAGCAUGAGUAGGUGAGACUGCGUUCUGGGGCAGCAGGCUUCAUAACGCGCGUCAUAGCAACAAUCGAUUUUGUGCCGUUCAACGGGACGAUAUGAAAAAGAGAGACCCAUGCAAAAGCAAACACUUCUUCUGCAAAAACGCAUGCAAGUGGAGUGCUGUGAGUCCGCUGCGGACUAGGUACUACAGGACCUGACGACCAUGUCCACUGCAUGCUGAUCAUAUACUGUGCAUCUACAUUUG